AUGCUCCCAGGCUUCUGCUCCUUCUGCGUCUCUGUCUCUACUCGCUGCACCUCGCGUUGCUGCUGCCGCCGCCGCAGCAGCAGCAGCAGCAGGACAGCAGCAGGACAGCAGCAGGGGCAGCAGCAGCAGCAGCAGCAGCAGCAGGGGCAGCAGCAGCUGGAGCGCCGUGAGCAGCAGGCGCGCAGGCUUGCCUGUGAGUGCGGCUUCUGUAAAUUCGCCUUCUUCCAGCCCUUCCCUCAAAUACCUGCAUGCAAGCCCCAAACGCAGCCCCAAAAUCUCACCCAAAGGGCAUGCAGCUCACUUCCGCAGCAGCAGCAGCUGCAGCAGCAGCAGCACCAGCAGCAGCGGGAGCAGCAAGAGCGCGCUGCCCGCUGCAGCUGCGGAAGCUGGAAGCAAACGUGGGGCCCCUUGGGGGUACAAGUGGGGGCCCUCGGGCUGGACUUUCCUGAAGACAAAGGCCCUUUUGGCCAGCAUUUUUUGAACGUCUUCUAUUGUGCUGCUGAUCUGUGCUGCGUUGGCCGUGUGGUUGGCCAAGAGGCAGCAGGCCCUGCUGGGGGCCCCCAGGGGGCCCCCCGAAGGCGCCAGGGGCCUCUGGGGGCACACAGAGGCUUUAAACCCUGUGGGAAUCCAGUCUACAAAUGCAUGCAGCUUUUGCGACUUCACUGCCAGCAGCGCCUCCUGCACUUCCCCUGCUGCCACAGCGCCUCUGCAGCAAAACAAACAACCCACUCCCACUCAGGCAAAACUAGCAGCAGCAGCAGCAGCAGCAGCAGCAGCAGCAGCGCCGGAGAUAAAACAGCAGCAGCAGCAGCGGCGGCGGAGGCAACGCUAGCGACCAAGAAGGAGAAGCAGGGGAGAAGCAAUAGCAGCAGGAGAGAAGCAGCAGCAGCGGAAGAGAAGCCGACGCAGCAGCAGCAGCAGAGAAGCCGCAGCAGCAGCAGCACAGCGGAGGCAGCAGCAGCGACUGCAGCGGCAGCAGCGUGUCAGGAAAAGAGCAGCAGGGCGCCGCAGCGAGAGGCAGCAGCAGAACCAAGACGCGCAGCAGCAGCAGCAGCUGUUGCAAUCGUAAAAGCUGUAACGGCAGCAGCAGCGGCGGCUGGGGGAACGUGA